GUCGGCCAUCCUCGGGAACCAUCCGCAUCUAUCCAUAUGCGUUCAUGAGCCAACCGAGACUGAGCAUACUGUGAUUCUCCGAGAUAUCGUGGUCGCCUUUGGAUGAUUAUCGGGGAAACGAACCUUAAUAUCGCUGUCAGCUUGCCGGCGGCCCACGCGUGAAGAGGAUGAACAGCUGUAACAUUGACCUGCAAGAGCAGUCCCAUGAUCUUGACUUCUCGCUUUCUCGUCGACAGCCCCGGGACAAUCUGUCUGCUGUCCUCUGAUCUCGAAGUCUUCGGGUGCUGUGGCCCUCAAUGUACCUUAUCGCUACGCUGUGGCUCCACCUCUCCAUAUGUUUUCGUUAUCUUCCUGUCUUCGUGUGCCUGAUUUCUGACAGGCCUCACGGGUCUCGAGGCAAUUCACUGCAAUUCAGCACCAGCAUCUCGGGUAAACUAUCAUCCUCUCGAGAGCUGUUAGCGUCCCUUCGACGUCUGUUCUUUAAACGUAUAAAAGGGCAAUGUCUUUCCUCCCGACUUCCUCAUCUCAACCAGCAGAACUUCGCUAUCCUUGCUAGCCAGUUUCUACAUCCAGUUUGUCAUCAUCAUGUACGCCUUCGCCCUCCUCACCAACCUCAUCCUCGCAUCUGCCGCUGUUGCCAUCCCCACAUCUGCUGAGCGUCACGCCGCCCGUGUUGCAGCUCGCAAUGCCCGCACUUCUCAACCGUUGAUGCCCCUCGACGGCGCGAUUAACGCUGCGACCAACGUCACCCACGAGGAGUUCUCUCAGAACUGGGCCGGUGCUGUCUGGAGCAAGGCUGCGGGUACUUUCAAGGCCGUGACUGGCACAUUCACCGUCCCGAAGGCAACUGGGUCUGGUUCCGCCUCUGCCAGCGCAUGGGUCGGCAUCGACGGCUCUUCUUGCAGCAAUGCCAUUCUCCAGACCGGCGUUGAUUUCAAUGCUGAUGGCUCAUACGACUCCUGGUACGAAUGGUACCCCGACGUCGCACACGACUUCAGCUUGGACAUCAGCGAGGGAGACGUUAUCACCGUCACCGUCACCGCCUCGUCGAAGACGGCCGGCACCGCCGUGAUCGAGAACACGACGACCGGUAAGAAGGUCUCGAAGGCCCUCACGUCGAGCUCCGCGCUGUGCGAGCAGGACGCGGAGUGGAUUGUCGAGGACUUCGAGGAGGGCGGCGGACUUGUGCCCUUCGCCAACUUCGGCACAGUCACUUUCAGCGAUGCGACGGCCACCACGGGCUCCGGCAGCGUGUCGCCCGACGGCGCCACGGUGAUUGAUAUCAAGCAGGGCAGCACGCAGCUUACACAGACGACGAUCAGCGGUAACAAGGUCACGGUGAAGUAUACCUAAUUUCGUCGUUAGGAAUGCGAGGCAGAGGAUAUAGUGCUAGUGUUGUCUAUUUCUCCUUCUGAUGGGAAGCCUUUUUCAUGAUAAUGAAAAUAACGUCU